CCCGGGGAAUUGUAGAGGCGAGGAGGGUGGAGAGCAGCUCUCGCUCGCUCGCUUGCUUGCUCUCGCGCCCUCCCUCACGCCCUCCCUCUCCUCGCGCUCCCUCUUCCUCUCCUUCUCGCGCUCCCUCUUCUCCUUGCCAUUUUGCCCCCCUGGAUCCUCCCUGCCCUACGCGCCUGGACGCAGAUUUAGGAAGUGAAUUCGCUCACGUUUUAGGACAAGGAAGAGUGGCACGGGGAGCAGAGCACAGCAGGAUUCGGAUUGCAACCGAGACACUCUCCGGAGCUCCGGGCCGAGGAAGGAGGAGAAGAGCGAACCGAAGCCACAGUGCCGUUCAAGUUUCGAUAGAGCUGGGAGAGGGCGUUUAAAUCUGAUUUUUCUUUCUUUGCGAAGGAGAGAGAGUUUUUUCCGCUCUCUUGCUUCGAGUUAAAGCCCUGGCUAGCGCAACGGCAGACGCCUCUAGCGAGAACCAGGGAAAAGAAAAGAGAUAGGGGGCGGGGGAAGAAGAAGAAGAAAAGGUAAAAAGUCUUCUAGGAGAUUCGCUCGCAUUUGCAACAAAGAACCUGGGCGCUGGGGAGAGAUUCCGGGGACUAAGGGCUGGCGUGUCUAUUUCGAGCUGAACUGCAGAGCUCGGGCGCGAGUCGAGUCCCUGCUAGGUCGACUUCCAGGAGCGGCUUUUUAAAAACGCAGGGUACAAGGACAGUCCCCCAAGCGACUAUGUCUCCUGAUUUCUCGCCUUGCAAUCUUUAAAAGGGGCAGUCCUCUCUCCCCCCAAAAGACACUCUCCCCCCUCCCUUUGAGGUGCUUUAGUUGUUAUUUCCUCCAUUUUUUUUUUAAGUAUGUGCUGCUGUUAAGGGAGAAAAAAAAAAAAAAAGCAGCAGCUGCGGACUUGUCCCCGGCUGGAGCCCAGCGCCCCGCCUGGAGUGGAUGAGCCUCUCCAUGAGAGAUCCGGUCAUUCCUGGGACAAGCAUGGCUUACCAUCCGUUCCUACCUCACCGGGCGCCGGACUUCGCCAUGAGCGCCGUACUGGGUCACCAGCCGCCCUUCUUCCCCGCGCUGACUCUGCCUCCCAACGGUGCCGCCGCGCUUUCGCUCCCGGGCGCCCUGGCCAAGCCGAUCAUGGAUCAAUUGGUGGGGGCAGCCGAGACCGGCAUCCCUUUCUCAUCCCUGGGGCCACAGGCGCAUCUGAGGCCUCUGAAGACGAUGGAGCCCGAAGAGGAGGUGGAGGACGACCCCAAGGUGCACCUGGAGGCUAAAGAACUUUGGGAUCAAUUCCACAAGCGGGGCACCGAGAUGGUGAUUACCAAGUCGGGAAGGCGAAUGUUUCCUCCGUUUAAAGUGAGAUGUUCUGGGCUGGAUAAAAAAGCCAAAUAUAUUUUAUUGAUGGACAUUAUAGCUGCUGAUGACUGUCGAUAUAAAUUUCACAAUUCUCGGUGGAUGGUGGCAGGCAAGGCUGACCCUGAAAUGCCAAAGAGAAUGUACAUUCACCCGGACAGCCCCGCCACCGGGGAACAGUGGAUGUCCAAAGUCGUCACUUUCCACAAACUGAAACUCACCAACAACAUUUCGGACAAACAUGGAUUUACUUUGGCCUUCCCAAGUGAUCACGCAACGUGGCAGGGGAAUUAUAGUUUUGGUACUCAGACUAUAUUGAACUCCAUGCACAAAUACCAGCCCCGAUUCCACAUUGUAAGAGCCAAUGACAUCUUAAAGCUUCCUUAUAGUACAUUUCGGACAUACUUGUUCCCAGAAACCGAAUUCAUUGCUGUGACUGCCUACCAGAAUGAUAAGAUAACUCAGUUAAAAAUAGACAACAACCCUUUUGCAAAAGGUUUCCGGGACACUGGAAAUGGCAGGAGAGAAAAAAGAAAACAGCUGACUCUUCAGUCCAUGAGGGUGUUUGAUGAAAGGCACAAGAAGGAGAAUGGGACCUCAGAUGAGUCCUCCAGUGAGCAGGCUGCCUUCAACUGCUUCGCUCAGUCCUCGUCCCCUGCAGUCUCCACAGUGGGGACAUCAAAUCUCAAAGAUCUGUGUCCCAGCGAGGGCGAGAGCGACGCCGAGGCUGAAAGCAAAGAGGAGCACGGCCCGGAGGCCUGCGACGCAGCCAAGAUUUCCACCACCACGUCGGAAGAGCCGUGCCGCGACAAGGGCAGUCCGGCAGCCAAGGCGCACCUCUUCGCUGCCGAGCCCGGCGGCCGGCCCCGGGACGGCGGGCGGCUGGACAAGGCGUCGCCCGAUUCGCGCCACAGCCCGGCUACCAUCUCGUCCAGCACCCGUGGCCUGGGCGCGGAGGAGCGCCGGAGCCCGGGGCGUGAGGGCGCGGUGACGGCAAAGGCCGAGGAGGCGCGCGCGCUGCCGGGCAAGGAGGCCUUCGCGCCACUCACCGUGCAGACCGACGCGGCCGCCGCGCACUUGGGCCAGGGCCCUCUGCCGGGGCUUGGCUUCGCCCCCAGCCUGGCGGGCCAGCAGUUCUUCAACGGGCACCCGCUCUUCCUGCACCCUGGCCAGUUCGCCAUGGGGGGCGCCUUCUCCAGCAUGGCUGCCGGCAUGGGGCCCCUGCUGGCCACCGUGUCCGGGGCCUCCACCGGAGUCUCGGGCCUGGAUUCCACAGCCAUGGCCUCCGCUGCCGCAGCACAGGGACUGUCGGGAGCGUCCGCAGCCACCCUGCCCUUCCACCUCCAGCAACAUGUCCUGGCUUCUCAGGGCCUAGCCAUGUCGCCUUUCGGAAGCCUGUUCCCCUACCCCUACACUUACAUGGCUGCAGCGGCUGCCGCCUCCUCCGCAGCGGCCUCCAGCUCCGUGCACCGCCACCCCUUCCUCAACCUGAACACCAUGCGCCCGCGGCUGCGCUACAGCCCCUACUCCAUCCCCGUGCCGGUGCCGGACAGCAGCAGCCUGCUCACCACUGCCCUGCCGUCCAUGGCAGCGGCCGCAGGGCCCCUGGACGGCAAAGCCGCCACCCUGGCUGCCAGCCCGGCCUCGGUGGCCGUGGACUCGGGCUCGGAACUCAACAGCCGCUCCUCCACGCUGUCCUCCAGUUCCGUGUCCUUGUCGCCCAAACUCUGCGGGGAGAAGGAGGCGGCCACCAGCGAGCUCCAGAGUAUCCAGCGAUUGGUCAGCGGCUUGGAAGCCAAGCCGGACAGGUCCCGCAGCGAGUCCCCGUAAGCCCCUCCCCAGAAAAGUCUCUUCAUUCCAGUCCAGUCAAGUUCGCAGUGCACUUUGUUGGAUGUAAAAUAAACCACGGGGGUGC